AUGAUUAGAAAAGCAUUAUUGAAUUAAUAUAAUUUAUCUUCUUAAUACUAAAAAAUUUUUAAAUUUUUUAGCUGUAAAAACAAUAAUUAUUUUUAUCACAAUAAAUAUAAAUUAAUAAAAAAUCAAAUAGCAACAAGAAAAUAUACAAGAGACCAUGAAUGGGUAGAUUAUGACAUUUCCUCAAAGACUGGAGUUAUAGGAAUUACUGAUUUUGCAGCUAAAGAAUUAGGAGAUAUUGUUCAUAUUGAAUUUCCUGAUAUCGGUACGAAAUUCACUUUAGGUUAAAGUAUUGGAUCUAUAGAAUCUGUAAAAGUAGCGGCUGAUGUAUAUGCUCCUCUAGAUGGUGAAAUUUUACAAGUUAAUGAAUAGGUGACCGAAGAUCCUUCCUUAAUUAAUACAGAUGCAUUUGCAAGUUGGUUAUUAAAAGCUAAAGUUAAUAAUGACAUAGAAAUCGAAAAAAUGAUGGAUAAAGAAGAAUAUUAUAAAUAUGUUAAAGAAUAAUAAAAAGAGACAUAAGAUGAUUGA